AUGAAGACACACGCACUCCUCCUGGCCGCUCUUGCGGCCUCGUCGGUUACUGGCCAUACUAUCAUGCAAAAGAUAUCUGUGGGCGGCGCCGAUCAAGGUCAGCUAAAGGGCGUCAGAGCACCUGAUAGCGAUUAUCCAAUCCAGGAUGUAAACGACGGCAGCUUCGCUUGUAACAAGGACAUCAAGCACCAAGAUAGCACCGUCAUCAGCGUAGCAGCUGGAGCCAAGGUUGGUGGUUGGUGGGGUCAUGUUAUCGGAGGUGCCCAAGGUUCAAAUGACCCAGAUAAUCCCAUUGCAUCGAGUCAUAAGGGACCUAUCAUAUAUUAUCUUGCAAAGGUAGACAACGCAGCAACCACAGGCACCACAGGUCUUCGGUGGUUCAAGGUUGCCGAGGACGGGCUUUCAGGAGGCCAGUGGGCUGUUGACAGGAUGAUAUCUGGUGGAGGCUGGCACUACUUCACCAUGCCUUCAUGCGUCGCUCCAGGCGACUAUCUCCUGCGCGCGGAGCUCAUCGCCCUACACAGUGCCGGAUCAUCCGGCCAAGCACAGUUUUACAUGGAGUGUGCACAAAUCAGAGUUACAGGCUCAGGAACGAACUCUGGUUCAAACACAGUCAGCUUUCCGGGUGCAUACAAGGCAAGCGACCCAGGAAUUCUCAUUAACAUUUACGACAACAGUGGGCAACCCUACUUGGGCGGAAAAGCGUACACAAUUCCAGGGCCUGCAGUCCUUGAUUGUGGAAGCAGUGCAGGAUCUACUCCAGCGACAAAUUCAGGAUCUAGUAGUGGCGGAGGAGCUAGUGCAGUGUUGUACAGUCAAUGCGGAGGAUCAGAUUGGACUGGCGCUACAACUUGCGCCGAAGGGACUUGCCAAGCGUCGAAUGAGUGGUCAAUGUAUUCCAAAAUAGCCAGAAGCGAAGAACAAAAGGAAGAGAUUUAG